AGCCCCCUGCAAGGGAUGCUAUACGAGGAGCCCAGCAACUAUGCCGCCAUGGUCGUGGGGCGCAUUUUGGACAAGCUGGACGCCGACAUCGUGUGUUUUCAGGAGACGAAACUGACCAGUGAGCGCUCAGAAGUCCAGGACCCAUACCAUACUUUACCUUUUCUACUAACUUUUGCCCCCUACUUAUUAUCAUUUUACUUUCCUAUUUCUCUAUCCGUAGAGUCCUCUUAGACACGGUUCAGAAUCCUGAUCCCCUCCCCCUUAAACUCCUAUCUCUCACGCCAGCUUUAUGUCUUAAUUCCCACUUCAUCUCCUGUCCUCCGCAGAACCUUAAUUCCCUCACCCUUGUAACCUUCAUCCUCGCUCAGAUCCCCUAAUUUCCACUCAUUAUCCUGUCCCAGAUCAGUACUCCAAAUUUCCAAUUUCCACACCCUGUCCAGCUCCAACUCUCAAAUUAGAUCCCCCAACUCCCCUUCCUUGCUCCCAGCUCAGAUCCUUUAAUUUCCACCCCACCUUUGCCCUCAGUUCAGAUUAUCUAAUUCCUUCCUUUUUACCUCUCCAUCUCAGAUCCUCAGUUCUCCCCUCACGUCCCCUAUUUCUCUACCCCCAUCUCUCCUUCCCAGACUCAGAACCUUAUAUCAUUUCUAUCACAUGUCCCACCCCAAGAUUAGAUCCCCUAAGUUACCUCUCUCACACACCCUAGCUCAACACCCCCAUUCCUUCCCUCUCCCAUGCACCCCCUCUAAGACCCUCUAACUACAUUUCCCUCCAUCCCCAAUUCAGAUCCUCUAAUUGCCUCCCUCUCAUACCUCCUAUUCCUAGCUCAGAUUCCCAGUUCCGUCUCCCAUAUUCCCAUUCCCCACCUCCAGCUCCCUCCAUUAACCUAAUCAUUAGCUUCCUCUCACCUAAUUCCCUUCCUCACAUUCCAUAGCCUCCCCCUCCUUAUAUCAAUUUCUUCUCUAGUCCCUACCUUUCUAGCUUCUCCUCUAAUCAUAGAUAUUUCCUCCCAACUCUGGCUCUGAUAUGUGCAAGGAAUUAGCCUACAACUGUUAAUUACAGACCUUUGUGUAUCUGGGGCUUUACUUUAGGGGUUUUUUCUUUUGUUUGUUUAUUUGUUUGUUUUUGCAGGGGAUGUGCUGACAGAGCCCCUGGCUAUCACUGAGGGCUAUAACUCCUAUUUCAGCUUCAGCCGCAGCCGCAGUGGCUAUUCUGCACAUGGGAAGGGAAAGAGAAGAUCUUGACCCUAAUCAACGUGUACUGCCCCCACGCGGACCCUGGGAAACCUGAGCGGCUGGCAUUUAAGAUGCGCUUCUAUAGCUUGCUGAAGAUCCGAGCAGAAGCCCUCCUGGCAGCUGGCAGCCAUGUGAUCAUUCUGGGUGACCUGAAUACAGCCCACCGCCCCAUUGACCACUGGGAUGCAGUCAACCUGGAAUGCUUUGAAGAGGACCCAGGGCGCAAGUGGAUGGACGGCUUGCUCAGUAGCCUGGGAUGCCAGACUGGGUCUCAUGUGGGGCCCUUCAUUGAUAGCUACCGCUGCUUCCAGCCAAAGCAGGAGGGGGCAUUCACCUGCUGGUCAGCAGUCAGUGGUGCCCGGCAUUUGAAUUAUGGCUCCCGGCUUGACUAUGUGCUGGGGGACCGGACCCUGGUAAUAGACACUUUCCAGGACUCCUUCCUACUGCCUGAGGUGAUGGGUUCUGACCAUUGCCCUGUGGGUGCAGUCUUGAGUGUGUCCUCUGUGCCAGCAAAAGAGUGCCCACCUCUGUGUACCCGCUUCCUCCCUGAGUUUGCAGGCACCCAGCUCAAGAUCUGUCGCUUCCUAGUUCGUCUCAAAGAUCCUGUGUUCAGGCAUUCAGCACUGAAACUCAACAAUAAAACCCAGGUACAGAUGCACCAAAACAAAGCCCGUGUGCGCUCAACCAGGCCUCGACCAAGUCAAGCUGGCUCCAGCAGAGGCCAAAAAAACCUGACAAACUACUUCCAGCCAUCUUCCAGCCAUCCCCAAGCUUCUCCUAACUUGGAACUUCCUAGUGUGGGUGCCCUCGUGACCCCAAAGACGUCAGAAAAGGAGGUGAUGGCCAAAGUGGUAGAGGGGCAGGCCAGUGCUUCAGAGGCCAAAGAUGAGAAGGAGAUACGGACCUCUUUUUGGAAGUCUGUGCUAGGGGGGCCCUUGUCCAUGCCCCUCUGUAGGGGCCACAGGGAGCCAUGUGUGAGGCGAACUGUGAAGAAGCCAGGACCCAACCUGGGCCGCCACUUCUAUAUCUGUGCCAGGCCCCAGGGUCCUCCCACUGACCCUUCCUCCCGCUGCAACUUCUUUCUCUGGAGCAGGCCCAGCUGAAUCAACCCAGGCCUAGGGAUAUCUAUCAUGGUUAACCCUGUACAUACUCAGGCCAGCCCCCUCCUAGGCUACCUCUUCCUCCCCCAAGUCCUCCUCCUCUUCUUCCACUUUCCUCAAGGACCCUUCCCUUUCCUCUUUCUCUUCCUCUUCCUUCUUUAAGCCCUCUCUUACUCUUUCUUCUUCCUGCCUAGCUCCUCCUCAUUGGUGAGCUACUUGUUUGUGCCCUAUUGCUGUGACCCAAUUCCCCAAUGUGCUUCCCACCUUCCUGUCAGAAGUACACAGGAACCAAUUGCCGCAGAAAGUUGGUUUUAAACCCCUUUAUUCCUUGCUGACAAAUAUAUCUGUGCCUAAAUAAAGUCUGUUUUUAUUUUAGCAUACCAUGUCAUGUACACAAUUUGGAUAUGCUCCAUGAAGUUGAGUUAGAGACAUUAUCUCAACACUGGAUUUCCCAGUGGCCUGUGGCCUGAUGAUACAACUCCUAGAGAGAGGGGAGGAAGGAAGAGUGGUAUUCACUAUAAAGGUGCUCUGUUGAGUUGUAGGGGUUCCUUGCACUGCUGAUGUUGGAUCAGCAAGGGAGGUGGGUGUGGUAUGUUAGAAAGCUCAGGUGGAUUGUGUAGCCUUAAACUGGCACUUCCCAACUGGUGUGUUCCACAGCUGCCACAAAUGUAUUAUAGGGUGGAAAGAAAUGGCCUUAGAGUUUCCAAGCAGGGCACAAAUGUCAGGAGAGAUUGCCUCCUAAGCAAGUGGUGUCAUUAGUUCACCUAGGAGUGCCAUGCAAAUGUUUUCUGUGUGCUAUGGCCUGGAAAGAUUGGGAGCAUUGCCUUGAAAAAGUUGCUUGCUAUAGCCAAGUCUCUUUCCCACCUUGGAAAAUAGAGCUGGUAAGUCCUGUUCUACAAGGUACUAUGGAAAAGAAAGAGAACAUCCAUUCUAUCUGCUGGAUAAUACCUCCAAAGUUUUGGGGAACUAUUCCUCUCUUCCAGAUAGUUCAGUUAGGGCUGAUUCUAUCUCCUGACUUCAGGGGCUACAUGGGCCUAUUGUGUCCAGGUCUACCAUUAAUGAGUCAGUCAGUCCCUGGAUUUUCCUCAUGGCGCUGCCACUCAUCUGAAGGAGUCAGAUAUGCAGUUUUCUGUCUAAUAAAGGGCUACAAAUACU